UUUACAGAGUUACUUACGGAUUAUAACGUGUGCAAUCGUUGAGAAAAUGUCGGACAAAACAAUGACACGGCAAGUACUGUUGUUUAUCUCGGUCCUCUCUCUCAGUUCAGUGCACGGGCAAGUCAGUUACUCCAUUCCAGAGGAAAUGGCGAAAGGCUCUUUAAUCGGAAACAUGGCGCAGGAUUUGGGUUUAGAUAUAAAACGACUGAAAUCAGGUAAAGCUCGUAUUUAUACAGGAAACAGCGCAGAAUACAUCGAGUUGAAUAAAGAAAGGGGAGUUCUCCUUAUCAGAGAGAGAAUAGACCGUGAAGCUCUCUGCGGACAGACGACGCCUUGCGCACUGCAUUCACAAAUCAUUCUGGAGAACCCCAUGGAGUUGUUUCAAAUAACUAUAGAGAUCACAGACAUCAAUGACAAUGCUCCGAGCUUUAAAAAGAAUGAGAAACGUUUUGAGAUCAGUGAAACAGCUGUGAUUGGAUCUAAAUUUGUGUUAGAGAAAGCCGGGGAUGCAGACAUAGGUUUAAAUGGUCUCCAAAGCUACUCGCUGAAACCCACAGACAAUUUCGCCUUGAAACUCGAAAAUCAGGUCGACGGGAGUAAAAAAGUAGAGAUGGUUUUACAGAAACCUUUAGAUCGAGAGAAACAGGAGCAGGUAUCUUUAGUCUUAACUGCUAUAGAUGGAGGAGAGCCUCGGCUGUCUGGUACUGUGCAGAUACAUGUCAUUGUGUUAGACGCAAACGACAAUGCUCCGGUUUUUACGCAGCCGGUUUAUAAGGCAACUAUAACAGAGAAUUCCCCCAAAGGCACGUAUUUGACGAAAGUUAGUGCAUCUGAUGCAGACACAGGCUCAAAUGGUGAAGUGUCUUAUUCCAUAUCGAAUAAUAUGGAUAGUGUAUCAGACAUGUUUCAUAUACAUGCAAAUGGAGAGGUGAUAUUAGUCGGCAAGGUUGACUUUGAAAAAGCCAAACAUUACCAAAUAGAUAUCGAAGCAAUAGACAAUGGUGGUCUAUCAGAUUCCAGUAAGGUAAUAGUUGAUGUUAUCGAUAUCAAUGACAAUGCUCCAGUAACCAGUGUACUUUCGAAAUCUAGUUCAAUACCAGAGGACUCAAUUCAAAAUACGGUUGUAGCUAUGUUCAGCGUCCACGAUCCUGACUCUGAUAUUAACGGUCAGGUGCACUGUGGUAUAAAUGAAAAUAUCCCAUUUACUAUUAAGGCUACAUCAAAUGGUUUUUACAGCCUAGUAACUGACAGUGAAUUGGACCGAGAGAGAGCCUCUGAGUAUAACAUCAGUGUGACGUGCUCUGAUGAGGGCGUGCCCUCGCUCUCCAGCAGCGUCACUCUCACCUUACAGAUAUCAGAUGUGAAUGACAACGCGCCUGUCUUUGAGAGAAGCUCAUAUGAGGCCUACAUUAUAGAAAACAACACACCUGGCCUCUCUAUAUUCACAGUGAAAGCUAGAGACGCUGACUGGAACCAGAAUGCACGUGUUUCUUACAUACUGGAGGACUCCUCGGUUAACGGAGUGCCCGUCUCCUCAUAUGUGUCCAUUAGUGCUGAUAGUGGAGUCAUCCAAGCAUUGCGCUCUUUUGACUACGAGCAGAUCAAGGAUUUCCAGUUCCGCGUAAAAGCGCAGGAUGGAGGCUCCCCUCCUCUCAGUAGCAAUGUGACUGUGAAAAUAAUGAUCCAGGACCAGAAUGACAACGCGCCUCAGGUUCUGUACCCAGUCCAGACUAGCAGCUCUCUGGUGGCUGAAAUGGUGCCUCGCGCAGCAGAUGUGGGCUAUCUUGUCACUAAAGUGGUGGCUGUUGAUGUGGACUCUGGACAGAAUGCCUGGCUCUCGUAUAAACUGCAGAAGUCGACAGACAGGGCGCUGUUUGAAGUGGGCUUACAGAAUGGGGAAAUAAGAACUAUACGCCAAGUCAAUGAUAAAGAUGCUGUGAAACAAAGGCUCACUGUUGUAGUGGAGGACAACGGGCAGCCCUCUCGUUCAGCCACAGUCAAUGUUAACGUGGCGGUGGCGGACAGCUUCCCUGAAGUGCUCUCGGAGUUCACUGACUUUACGCACGACAAGGAGUACAAUGACAAUCUGACUUUUUACUUAGUCUUGGCUCUGGCUGUAGUC